AAGGCCUGGGAAAAACAUGCGAUAAAAAAUCCUCUUUUCCUGAACUGGUGCGACCUUCUUCCUCUGCUCAGAGUUUUCCUCUCUCUCUCUCUCGCUCUCCCCAAAAGCGUAACUUUAACUCCAUCGUUUACCGACUACGAGAAACGAUAGAGAAGCGAUAACUCUAACUUUCUCAUUCAUGUACAUCUCUCUCUGAAAGCGUCACUUUAACUCCUUCCAGAGAAGAGAAAAAAACUUCGAGAUUCCUUGAACGCCUCGAUGGAUCUCAUCCAGACGUACUCAGACCAAAACUCGCCAGAGGACCAAACCCAAAACCCUAAUUCCACCAGCUCGUCGCCGGAGGCCUCCCCGCCUCGUCUCCUCGCCGGCAAGUCUGCGGCGCCGAAGGUGGACGACACCAUGCUGGCCCUCACUGUGGCGCAGGCUCACCAGGUUCAAUCCAGGCCCAUUGACCCGACCCAGCACGCUGUGGCCUUCAACCCUACCUACGACCAGCUCUGGGCUCCCAUCUACGGCCCUGCCCACCCCUAUGCCAAGGACGGUAUCGCCCAGGGCAUGCGCAACCACAAGCUCGGCUUUGUUGAGGAUGCCCACAUUGAGUCCUUCGUCUUCGAUGAGCAAUACAACACCUUCCACAAGUACGGUUAUGCCGCCGACCCCUCAGGCGCUGCCGGCUACAACUACGUCGGUGAUCUUGAUGCUCUGCAACAGAACGAUGCCAUAUCUGUCUACAGCAUUCCACAGCAUGAGCAGAAGAAGAGAAAGAUUGAGAAGAAGAAGGAAAUUGCCGAGGAUAAGGAACCCGAUGAGGUUGUUGAUGAGGUCGAGCUUGAUAAUCCGGCAAGCGACACAUGGUUGAUGAAGAAUAGGAAGAGUCCUUGGGCGGGCAAGAAGGAGGGCCUUCAAACGGAGCUCACGGAGGAGCAGAAGAAGUACGCAGAGGAGUAUGCAAAGAAAAAGGGUGAAGAGAGGGAGAGAGGUGGCGAGAAGCCAGAGGCUGUUCCCGAUAAGAGCACGUUCCAUGGCAAGGAGGAGAAGGACUAUCAGGGUAGGUCUUGGAUUGCGCCGCCCAAGGACGCCAAGGCCACAAACGAUCACUGUUACAUACCCAAGAGGUUGGUGCAUACUUGGAGUGGUCACACCAAGGGCGUGUCCGCUAUUCGGUUCUUCCCGAAACAUGGGCAUUUGAUUUUGUCGGCUGGGAUGGACACGAAGGUGAAGAUUUGGGAUGUGUUCAAUUCGGGCAAGUGUAUGAGGACCUACAUGGGCCACUCCAAGGCAGUUCGGGAUAUUUGGUUUUGCAAUGACGGGAGCAAGUUUUUGACUGCUGGGUAUGACAAGCAUAUCAAGUACUGGGAUACUGAGACAGGGCAAGUAAUAUCGUCUUUCAGCACGGGGAAGAUACCCUACGUGGUUAGGCUUAAUCCGGACGAGGAUAAGCAGCACGUAUUGUUAGCCGGGAUGAGUGAUAAGAAGAUUGUUCAGUGGGAUAUGAACUCUGGGCAGAUCACGCAAGAGUAUGAUCAGCAUUUGGGGGCCGUUAAUACCAUCACAUUUGUUGAUAACAACAGGAGGUUUGUCACUUCAAGUGAUGACAAGUCGCUUCGUGUAUGGGAAUUUGGGAUUCCUGUGGUUAUAAAGUAUAUUAGUGAGCCUCAUAUGCACUCUAUGCCGUCGAUUGCUCUUCACCCUAGUACAAAUUAUCUUGCAGCGCAGAGUUUGGAUAAUCAGAUUCUUAUAUAUAGCACGAGGGAGAGGUUUCAGCUCAAUAAGAAGAAGAGGUUUGCUGGGCACAUUGCUGCUGGGUAUGCUUGCCAAGUCAAUUUCUCACCAGAUGGAAGGUUCGUUAUGUCGGGCGAUGGUGAGGGUAAAUGCUGGUUUUGGGAUUGGAAGACUUGCAGAGUUUUCAGAACUCUCAAGUGCCACGAGGGAGUAUGCAUUGGGUGUGAGUGGCAUCCGUUGGAACAAAGCAAGGUAGCAACAUGCGGCUGGGACGGAUUGAUCAAAUACUGGGACUAGUUGCUUUUCAGCUCUAAAUGGGGCUAGAAGCUGAAUCAUCUGAUCAGAUCAACUCGUCUUGGAAAUGGAAGCCAGCGGACUAGGGGGGCAAAAUUGUGCCUUUGAAGUUAAAUAUUGUGAUAUGAGUUCCUUCAUUGGAAUACCAGUACGCUUGUUUGGUCAGAGUCCAGAAAUUAUGAAGGCAGCACUACAAUUAUGGUGGCCAAACUUCUGGGAGUUUUUGGACUCAAGUAUCAUUGGUGUCAUCAGGUUCUAUGCUGGAAGUGUACUUCGGCUUGUGUUACAAUUAUUUUUGACCUUUUUGUAUGACAAAGACUUAGAGCAGUUUGGCAGUUUGACUGUAUUAUUCAUCUUCUUUUCUGUGCUUGGUCCUUUCAGCUUGACAAGUUGGUUUUCUCAAAUGAAAGCUUCCUCAAUGUUAUAGAGAAGAUGGCUAAAAGAGAAUGUCUUGUGGAAAA